AUUUUUUUCAUUUGUUGUUAAUCUAAAUUUGUAUUUUCAAUCAUAAUGAAAGAAAAUGAAAACAAAAUUCUUCAAUGUAGGAUUUGCUACAAUACUAAUGGAAAUUUGAAGUCAAUAUUUAAGGAGGGUAAAAUUAUGAAUGAAAUUGUAACUUUGGCGACUCUCUUGAGUGAAAUUUUAACCUUAGAAGUUCGAAAAGAUGAUGGAUUAGGACAGUACAUGUGUCUUAAGUGUGCUCUGAAACUGAUUAAAGCUUGCACAUUUAGACGAGAUUGUCUCAAAUCUUAUAAAGCAUUAAAAAUUCGAAAUGGAGAAGAGUUUGAAAAUUCACGAAUGAAUAAAACAUCUUCAUUUACCAAGAGGCAUAUUGAUGCAAUACAUCAAAACAUUGAAAAGAUAGAUAUUGAUGAAAAGGAAAGUAUUCUCUUUGAACCUCUAGGAUGUAAUGAUUUUGAAGAACUACAUGAAUUAGAGGAUAUUUCGACUCAAGCUAAGAAUGGGGAAACUCUUGAAUUUCAAGAAUAUAAACAGAAAAAAACAAAGCAUGCUGAUUCUUACAAAUGUAAAAUUUGUAGUAAAAUAUUAGGAAAAUUGUCGAGUUUAAAGUAUCACAUGGAUAUUCAUUCAGAAAAGGCUAAGUAUGAAUGCACUGAAUGCCAUGAAAAGUUUAAAACGAAAAAUGCGUUUUUAGGUCACAUGGCAACUCAUAAUGGUCUUUUUGCUUGUGAUUUGUGCAACAAAUCCUACAGACAAGCGGCUAGUCUAAAAAAUCACAAAUUGAGUCAUAAUCCAAACUCCUCAAAGCCAUUUGUUUGCAGUAUCUGCGAUAAAGAUUUUAUUCAAAAGUCUGGCUUGAAAAAGCAUCUGUUGACACACACAAACUUGAAAAUGUUUAAAUGCUCAGAAAUAAACUGUGGAAAAGAGUUCAGGUAUUCAAGCAACUAUUACGUUCAUUUGAAAAGUCACAAAGGGGAGCGAAACUAUGAGUGUAGUGAAUGUCAAAAGAAGUUUGGUAGUAAGGAACAAGUAAAAAGACACAAAUUUAUUCACACAGGAGAAAAACCAUUCAUUUGUAAUUUGUGUGACCGUGCAUUUAAUAGGAAAAGUGCAUUGAGUGUACACAUGAGAACACACGAAAAAAUGACAAAAAAUUUGAGCUAUCCUCAAAUACUGUAAAGCACAAAAAUAUGAAUUUGUGAAAUAAUAGAAUAAAUGUAAAA